AUGAGUAUAGAUUUAUGUAAACAACGAUAUUCAACACCCUAUCCAUAUGUUUAUGUUGAAUGUGUAUAUGGUAACUUUAAUUUAGCUCUCUAUCAUUUAAAUAAAAAAUUAAUUGCCACUAAUUCACCCGAAGGUAUUCGUGGUGGUGGUUUACUUAAAUAUUGUUUAUUAUUAAUUCGUGGUUAUAGACCAGCUGAUAUUGGUACAAUAUGUCAAAUGGAAAAAUAUAUGUGUUCACGUUUUUUUAUUGAUUAUGCUGAUAUUCAAGAACAAGAACAUAAACUUACAAGUUAUUUAUAUUCUCAUUUUAAUGAUGAUGAUCAAAUUGUUUAUAAAUAUCUUUUACAAUUACGACUUAUUGUUCAUCGUUCAACUGUUUGUCUAAUGACACAUGAAAGAAAAUUAACAUUAGAUUUAAUAACGAAUAUAGCCACAUAUUAUUAUUAUAAACUUUAUACGGAAGGUCAAUGGGCCUAUGAACAUGCUGGACCUAAUCUUGUUGUACCAAAUUCUGUUUCAAUUGAUGUUAUUUAUCAUGAUGAUUAUCCUCAAGAAUGUACAUGUCCAUCAUCAUCAAAAUGGAAAUCAAUUUAUACACCUCAACAGACAGUCAAAUUUUAUGAUGAUUAA